AUGUGCAAAUGGCGACCAGUUAUUAUUUCACGAAAAAGUAGGAAUAGGAAGGGGCUGGUGUGAAAUAAUUUGUAUGUUGUUAUACUGAAGACAACAGAUUGAUCUACAUUUAAAUGUCAUCCUGUACUGCUUCAAAAUACUUGGAAAGGAGAAUGUACAAAUAUUAAUUUUGAUCACUUCAUCAGAAUGGAAAUGAUUUCAUCUGGAAAUUUUGAACAUGUGGAGCCAUUGUAGCAUGCACCAACCCAAAUCUGUGAUGGAAAAUUGUGAAGGUUUUUUAGAACAUUGAUAGCUAGUUUAGAUACAUGUAUCUUUCCACAACUUCAUAUGCCAGAAAAGCAAGGAAGGGGAGAAAACCGACAAGUGACAACUGUUAAAAACAAACUUAAUUGGUGCUGGAAAGCAUACCUUUACAUCUGAAAUCAUGGACAAGUAUGAGAGACUAGGAAAGAUUGGUGAGGGGUCAUAUGGAGUGGUAUUUAAAUGUAGACACAAGGACACUGGUACAAUAGUUGCUAUCAAAAGAUUUGUGGAGUCUGAAGAUGAUCCCCUCAUCAAAAAGAUUGCGUUGAGAGAGAUCCGUAUGCUGAAGCAACUUAAACAUGAGAAUCUUGUCAAUCUGAAAGAGGUCUUCAGAAGGAAAAAGAAACUUCACCUUGUAUUUGAAUAUUGUGAUUAUACAGUACUCAACACAUUAGAAGCCAAUCCGAAUGGAGUCCCUGAAGGGCAGGGUAUGAACAUAGUCUACCAAACUUUAGAAGCUGUCAAUUUUUGCCACCAACACAAUUGUAUUCAUAGAGAUGUCAAACCAGAAAAUAUCCUCAUCACCAAAGAUGGACGAAUUAAAUUAUGUGAUUUUGGUUUUGCUAGAAUAUUAACUGGUCCUGAUGACGAGUACACAGAUUACGUAGCAACCCGAUGGUACAGAGCACCGGAGCUACUAGUUGGUGAUAUGGUGUAUGGCCCACCCGUUGAUGUAUGGGCCAUCGGUUGUGUAACAGCAGAACUCAUAGCAGGAGAGGCCCUCUGGCCUGGCAGAUCAGAUGUUGAUCAGCUAUACCUUAUCAAACAAACACUAGGUGAUUUGAUUGACAGACAUCUCAAGAUUUUCAGCACAAAUCACUUCUUCAAAGGAAUGAGUAUUCCUGAACCAGAGAGAAGGAUACCAUUGAAGGACAAAGUUAGGAAUCUAAACUCAACUGCAUUGUCUUUCUUAGAGGCUUGUCUGCAGAUGGAUCCAGCAGAUAGGAUGAGUUGUCAAGAACUGAUGGAAAUGCCAUUUUUUGAUAGACACAAGGGUCUAGAUGAUCGCCACCCAGACACCACAGUCCGCAAGCAUAGAUCAAAAUUGAGUCUUCGCAAGGACAACAGCCAUUUACCUCAGCUAAACUCCCAAGGUUUACAAGAAGGCCUCUCCAAAGGUCAUGGCAACCAAGGAUACAAGAAAGAUAAUGAAAAACUGCUCAAGAGAGACCGCCUACCAAACAUAGAUUCCUUUAAAUAGAGCGACUGGUUUCCACAAAAUUGAAUCCGUAUGAGGAGCUGCAUACAAAUAAUUCAGGAGUGAUUAAAGACUUUCAUAUUGUAUUCAGGCUUAAUUUUCUAGUCAGAGUCUCAAAACAUUGUCAUUGUAAUGACCAAUUAGACAUAGUUGAUGGUGGAAAGAAUACACCCCAUGACAGGGGCAGUUGGUGACUAUCUAUUUAUCAUUGUGAUAGUACUGUGGGUUUUUUUUAUAUUCGAAUCUUGAUUUCUUUCAGGAGUCACUGCCAUCUUGUAUUCAAGCCAAAGGUUUUUGAGGCAACGUCUCAAAGCAUUCUCACUCUAAAGAUUGAAGCAUGUUCAGUGGUUGUGCCAGUAGGCCCUAUUAUGCCUUCAGGAGGUUUAGUUCCCAUUUGAUUGUCCAUAUUGUCUGUUUUAUUCCCGUUUCAAGGACUUUAAUGCUGCCAUUAUGCCCCUACGAACGAUUUUAGUACAUAUCAAGAAAAUGGGCGAAUCCCCUUUCCCUGACAUACACAUGUAUCACAUUAUAUAGCAUUUUUCUCCCCAGUCUUUGAAUGCUGAAAGCUAUUGCAGUCAAGUCUCUUUAUUUCAACACUAAUCAUAAGAAUCCUAGACAUUUACUCCUAUGCCAAUCAUUUCUAUUGAAAAUCUGUACAUUAAAUCAAACAUCAACCACAAUCUCAGACCUAUUUGUAACCCCAAUCCUAAUCCUCAUAGAAUUUUUAACCCCCCCUCACACACAAAAAAAAAAUAUCACAACCCAUUCUUUCAUCUUCUGAGUAAUCAAGGCAGGAUCACUUGUUUGUGCACCCAUCAGAUGGAAUGUAUAACAGACUUAUAGACUCUUACAGACUCUAAUUUGUCUGUGGAAGGUAUUGUUAGGCCUGUAGAUUACAUUUGCACAAAACUACUUUGGCUGAAGUGAAACUUGUCAUAUUUUAACAGAAUGUCAUUCUAAUAAUUGCUAAAAUCUAAUAUUUUCAGCUUUUGCACUCAAAGAAUUACUGAUUUAAAGUGUAAAUAUGCAGAUUUUUGCAUCUUCCAUUCAUUAAGCAAGAGUAUUGAUAGAAAGGCGCUGCUGCUUUUGAGUAGUUUUGAUUUGAAAUUCAGAUUUUGAAAUAUUUUUGAUACAUGACUUUCAAUUUUUCUCUCAAAAUAGCAUUAUACCUUGAAUAAUUCCACCAUCAAUCUGUGAUAUUGACAUUUAAAAAAGUGUAAAUUACAAUUCCUUCCCUUUUCUAUGUGCUUUGAAAGCUCAAGUUCCCAAACAAAUAGUUGAUUCUGAGGACUUUCCGACACCUCUCUUUCUGUUUCAUUCUUCAGGUGUGUUCUUCAAGGUGAUAGUAAUUUAUUUGAAUUUUAACAGAGUUUCUUGAUACCAUUAACCCUACCAUAUUUUCAGCCAUGAUUUUAGGGAUGCAUUCAUAUAUAUGCAGGAUUUUGCUUAGCUAAAAAAAAUGUUACAAACAAUCAUCAUUGGGGUUUAGUUCAGGUAGCCAUUAUUAGGUGAUCUGUCUGUUGACAGAUCACCUCUUGUGUUUCUACGAAUUUUCUUUUUUAUUUAUUUUUAUUAUUUAUUUUUCUUUUUCCACCCUUUUCUUGUUCCACCAAAAUCAGAAAAAGUGUUCUGUCAAUUUUCAUCAAAAUAUUAUCAAUUAUGCACAGUUAUGCAAUGUGUACGAAACAAGUUUGACGUCAAAUGGUCAUCGUGACGUCAUCUACGCGCCAUUUUGUAAAAUCACAUUAUCAACAAUAUCUUCAUCAUCAAUCAUCAAAAAUGAACAAUAUUAACAUUAAAUUAACUUCAGGUCAUGGGUCAACUGACCAUGUCAUCAACCGUCAUGAACACGUCACGACGCGCAUCUACGCGCGCGUCAAAAUUUUAAAAUGCUCAAAAUCACUUUUUGAUCAAAGUAGAGUACGUUUCAGGUACCGGUAUUUGAAGCAUUUCAAGAAUUUGCGCGCCCACACGUUUUCGAGCGCACGUCAUUAUGCAAUGUAGAAUCGACGUGUCUUUUAGGUCAAUGCAUUUAUUAUGAAAUUCUGAAUAAUUUGAUACCUUGAUCAACCUUUUACGACCAGAAGUAAAGGAAUUAGCUUCCAUCAAAGUUUGAAUCACGCGCGCGUUCACAAUAGGCCAAAUAUGUGCAAAAACAUGCCUUUACAAAAUUCAAUAUAACUUUUCAAAUAGUCCGUUGACCCCUAAAUUUUCUUUUAUAUUCGGAUAGGGUAUGAAUUGUAGAUGUGAUUUCAUGUCACAUUUGACCCUAAAUUUUAUCAUGACGUCAUCAAAAUGGCGUCGGAACUAAAAUUUUCCAUUUUUGUUUUAUGACGUUUUAAUAAUUUUGCAAAUAUGACAAUAACUCCGUAGUUGUUGGUCAUUUUUCGCCCAGAUUUCGACAUAUUGUAGCUGAGCCUAUCCUCUUACUAAAUAUUUUCAAAAAUUUCCAUUUAUAUUAAUUAUUUAUCCUCAAAAUAAAGAAUUUAUAGAGGCAUAUCACAAUGCCAAUUUUCACUGUCAUAAGUCAAUUUGAGAUAAUAUUCAUUCUUUGAACGAUAAGAGUAUGAGAAGCUUUGUGGUCUAAUGGAUAGCGCACCUGUCUUGCAAUGCGAAGGUCUUUGGUUCGAAACUCACUUGACAAUGUUUUUUUUUUUUUGUUCAGGUAUUUGUGUGUAACCUCUAGUAGUACUGAUUUUUCUCAAAACUUGAUUCUACAUUCAUGGAUUCCGACAACAUUAUUUCGUGUAGUCACUUGCGAAAUUGCAUUUGGCAUUCUCGAAUAAAACAAGAUCUUUUACACAGCCUAAUUUUGUGUCUUUCAGCUGCAUUUAAUAUGUUCUUUCGAUAAUAAAAGUCCGUUUAUUAUCAUGAUGAUCAUAUUGAUCUGCAUUGACAUGGUUAUAAUGAUCAAAAAUUAGAUCGUGAUCAUGAGAAUGACAGACAGAUCACCUAAUUCGUCCUCAAGACAAAUUAAAAUUCUAGUUCUUACUUAAUUUAAAAGCGAGACUUCGUCAUUGAUUGGGGAAGAAAAUGAUGGUUAUGAUUUAUAUUUUCUGAAACUUAAGCUUUAUCAGCGAGUGUAAUGACAUGUUAGCUCACACAUCUAGAGUUUUUACGAAGAGAGAUAUGUUUUUGAAUUACUCUACAUGUUUAAUGAAUUGAUUUAGUCAUUGUAAUUCUUAAAAGAAAAAUUGGGGCAAUGUUUGUUUUCAUUUUUUCUAUGUGUAUGUAUGGACAAUCAUGAUAAUAUAACUUUAAUUUGCAUUUCAGGUGAUAUGAUUAUGACUGCUUAUUUGUAAUAUGUAUCCGGUAACAAAAUUUGAAUUGAGCAAAAUUUAUUGAUUUGUAUUUUUGAAAUGUCUAUCUCUUGUAUAUUAAGAGAAAUUGGUCAGCAUAAUACUAUUCAUGAGCAUUAUUAUCAUCGUUGACUUUGUUUCUAAGUUGAUGCUUUUUAGAACUGUACUUAAUUCUUGAUUAGUCUGUAAAUUAAAUUUGAACAUUUUGUAUAAGAUGUAGAAGGUGCAGAUACAUAUAUGAUGGAAUUUGGUUUUUGUAUUUUGUAUAUUGCCAGUGGAAUGGAACCCUAAACCCGUUUUCUCCCUUUUCUGUUGUAGUCUCACUUGCAGACAUUUUUAUUUGUAUUGGGAUGUCUUGCAUUGUAGACUACAACAGGUUGGGGGAGGGGAGGGGGGUCACAGAGUUGAGUGUAAAUUAAAGUUGCACUUAUUUCGUUAGUUGCGAGCAAUUAGAACACACCACUCUUAAGGUUGGAUCAUAUUUAAUUGAAUGGCACUACUGUGCUGUCAUAAAACCUUAUACAUGACUUUAACUCUAUGUCUGACACCCCCCCCCCCCUCAUUGACAUGCCUAAUGUUGAAAUAUUACAUAUAAUAAUGGGUGUCAGUGUACUUCUAGAUAUACAUAUCAGUCAUUUGGAAUGUUUUCAAAUUUGCAAUGAGAGAUUUUAUAAACCUCUCAUUAAAAAGACAUAUCUGCAUGUUAAUAUCCAUUUUAUUGUUACCUGUUUGCAAUGAUCAUGUAUCAUUUACUCUUGAACUGAGAGGAUUUGCAGUUGUAAAAGGUGUACUGCCUUUGACAAAGGCAUUCAUUUAUUUGAAAAAUCAUAUACUCAAUCAGUUAAUAAAUUAUUUAAUCAAGACUUAACAUGUUCUCUAGAUGUACAAGUACCAACUAACAAUAUUGAGAAAUACUUUGUAUUGUAUCUGAAAUCGUUGUGUAAGAUUUUUAAAGUACAUGUAUGCCUUUAGCAGUAUCUGCAAUAAUGCUUUAAUGAUGUACUAAUCAGACUUUGCCUUGGUGAAAACUAAUAAUGUAAAGUAUAAAAAAAAAUUAGAAUACGCAUGUUGUAUAAUUAUGUAGAAGCAGAGCAGUAGUGCUAGAUUAAACUAUUGUACUUUGAUUAUUUUUGAACAAUUAUUAAUGUUUCAAAAUUGUUUAUGAAAAUAAGAGUAAUGCCAAAAUGAUCAUGUAUGUGUAUUACCUUGUUAUUAAGUACUAUACUUAAGGUAUAUGUACUGGUGGUGUAUGAAUAGUAUUCAGAGAUAAAAUGUUGAUAUGGUUGUAGUUGCAUAUAGGUAGAUACAUAUACUAAGAUCUGGCUCUUAGAUCAGUGGACUCUCAUGACAUCAUCAUUAGAAAAAUUCUUGUGUUGAUAAAAAAAAAUGAAAAAAGUCUUUUCCGAUAUUCCAGCUUAAAAAUGUCUACAUGUGCUUUACAGUGUUAGGCCAGGUAAAUAAAGAAAAAAGAGAAUGUCACCAAGGACGUGAUGAAUUGCUUUAAAGUAUAUCAUAAUUGGAUAUUUCAAAUUUGUAAGUAAGUGAUGGAAAUGGUCAAUACCUACCUUGAGGGCGUAGUGACACAAUGCUUAGCAAUUGAUCGCAGAACAAAUUUUCAUGAGUGAUUGCAUUGACCACAGUGUACAAUCAAGACUGAAAAUCAAUUAUACAAUGAGCAGCGCAAAAAAGCUUUUCGGGUGCCAUGACCAGUACUGCUUGUAAAUAUUGUAACUUACAAAAGAAGCCUCAAUGAAAACAUGCCCUCUUUCAUUUCUCUUUUUGUUUACAAGAAGUAAUUUGCUGAAGAGGUGAAGAUGGGGGAAGGGGGGUGUGUUCUUUAAAAAGUACCUAUCUUUGGCCCUAAAAAGUGAUAUUACAUGAAAUUUUAUAUUGUAAUUUGGGAGAUUGGUAUUUUAAUUGCAUAAGAUCAAUAAAGAUAGCCCAACCUCUCAAUCAACACUUAUUAUUCUAUUACUGUCUAUUUAUUUGCACAUAUUGUGCCCUUUUACUGAAUUCGAUACCAAAAAGUUAGUUUGUGGAAAGUGUUGAGUUUAUUGUGUAGUGGGAAAACUACUUGACUAGAUCAAUUUACUGUGUAUAAGAUUUAUUUGACUUGGGACACCAUUACGUGGCCCUGUAUACUUGUUAUGUGUAGAGCCUUCUUCUUAAAGGGACAACUUCUGAUUUGUUUGAAAAUAAUGUUGAGAAAACAAGAUGUAACAGCAUUUUAAAUGUCUAGGAUUUUGAAUGCAUUGAUGCAUAACAUCUGGUAGUAUUUAUUCACAUAGUAGGGUACCCAGAUAUGCAAGUAUCCAUGUAUUCCACGUUUUUUGUUGUAUUGCAUAGUGUAUCAAGUCUGUUAUUGCACAACCUACUUGGAGGCCUGGUAGAAAGGUCCAAUCUUACAUAUCACAGUAAAUUUUCGUAAAUUGCUUCAGCAAUAAGGUAUGAAUACUCUAGCCAGUUGAUAUCCAUUGCUAAGUAAUACAAAGGAAUGCCAUAAAUAUUCAGAUCAUGGUUUGAACUUUAUGAAUUAUAAUAAUGGUUUGCUUUCAUAUAUGGGCAACGUCUGUAAGUGCUUAAAUGCCACCGCACACUUUACAAAUGGUUCACGAUCCAAUUUUAGAACAAAUCGCAUUUUGCUCAUUUUCUGAGAACAUGAAUGAAAAGUAUCUUUUUAUUUGAGGUUCAAAUUAACUGUAAGAAUAUUAAUUCAACCAUAUUUUAUGAUUGCGUUAAGUUUUGAAGUAAAAUCCCAAUUGGGUUCCAAUCGUAGCCAAUCGUACGAUUCCUACGAUGUCAUUACGACUAAAUAUUCAGUUUGCUUAUAUUCUAAUAAGGAUGGUAGCAUAGUCUCAGAUGUGAACAUAAGUAUUCGUACAAUGAUUUUUAAACAGUAAGAUGUUUCAUGUCUCAAUAUCCUCAUUAAAUUUUACAAUAAUUUAUUGCUAUUGGGUUGCAAAUCAAUAGUAUGGUGUGUUCUGGCCUUAACAGAUAUCUUUUAUAAUUCAGCACAUUUGUCACUUGCAAGUUACAAACCAUUUACUGUGUUGUGUCUGAAUGGACCAUUUUCUUUGCUUAUCUUGUUUAUUUGUCUUGUGUAGAUAUUCCUCGUUCUGAGCUGUACAGUGAUUCUUUUAUCAGUAUCAAGGAGUCAGUGUAGUAGUCUAUAAUUGUCUAUCAAUUCAUAAAACUCAUUGAGAAUUUGUAUAUAGUAGAAGAGAGAGAGAGAUGAGUGAAAAGAGAAGAAAUGUUUUUUGUGAUUUUUUCCCCAUUGGUCAUGACUACUUUUCUGUUGUAGAAGAGAUGGAAUAAACUAGAAUACAAUA